GGGGCACGACGUGGAGGACUUUCGAAAAAACGUCCCAACAGUGAAAUAAAGUAUGGUGACAGGCGUCUAACAUGACCUGAUGAAGCAGGCACAGUACUUUUGGUAAAUGCUGGAUGAACUUGCAGAGACCGAUGAAGAUGCAUACAGGAAGUUCAUGGCCACAAACCUCCAACGAGGACAGCAAGAAUUGACACCAGCCAAGCCAUGGAUGUCUGCCAAGACCCGUAUCAUGGAAGAAUUGACUCGUCUAGUCCCAGACAAUACGAGUUACGUCUGCCACUACCAGAUAAUACAAGAAGACGAUUCCACAGCCAAAGUCAACAGACAAACAUCAUCACUCACUGUUGCCAUGCCAACCAGGAUGGAUUAUGCCGGGUUGAACUACCGAAUUAAGCUGUCUGUAACUAAACUGUGCCCACGUACAUCACCAGCGCUAAAUGGCAGAACCACCUGCUAAGAGAGCCCGAAGACGAAAUGAGACACAAACUAACCCUGGUCCAAGCACAGCACCAGCCAGUCAGGCAGCUGCAACCCAACAACUACCUGCUGAUGGAGCGAGAUAUGAUCCACAAACGACUCAGUCCGGCAGCAGACAGCCUUCCCAGCAGGAACCAACACAACAACCACUGCCACAACUACAGCCAAGACCGGGUGAGACACAAACUAACCCUGGUCCAAGCACAGCACCAGCCAGUCAGGCAGCUGCAACCCACCAACUACCGGCUGAUGGAGUGAGGGAUGAUCAACAAACGACUCAGUCUGGCAGCAGUCAGCCUUCCCAGCAGGAACCAACACAACAACCACUGCCACAACUACAGCCAAGACCGGAAAGAAAAUUGGAUGUUGAGCCUCCCCACGCUUCAGAUAAUGUCAUGAGGGCCCUGGAGCGCGCAGGGAAACGCAAGAAGCGUAAAGCAGAGGCGACGGUGCUGAAAGAUCAGGGGAACCAAGCAUUUCAUAAGGGCAAUUACACAAUAGCUGUUCAGCUCUACACGCAGGGCCUGGAAUGUCUGAAAGACUUUGUGGUGUUGUACACCAACAGAGCACAGGCUUACAACGAAUUGGAAAAGUUUUCAGAGGCAAUGGAGGACUGCCGGACUGCCUUGCAGUUGGAACCAAACAACGUCAAGGCAUUAGCGCACCUUGGCAAGGCCCAGCAGGGACUGAAGGAUUACGAGGCGGCUGUUACGACUUACCAAGAAAUCCUCAAGAUUGACGAGAAAUACGAGAAAAUGGUGGCAGAUUACCCACGAAUAAGUGGAGCCAGCAUAGGAAACACCGGCACGAUCAGCGGUAGCCAGAGCCCUGUCAUUGUUGGUCCAAGUGCAGUUAUUAUCACUUACAACAAGCUGUCGGAGGAACGCGAAAUCACCGGAUUCCAGGGGCCGGGUACAGCAGAUAACCUGCAGAAGGAACUAGAUUUCGAAAACAAAUUCCGUGAUUGGUUGAAGCAGAUUGGAGAAGGCAAUGUUCUUGCGAUGGAAUACCUGCUGAGAUUUUAUUGCAGUAGAUCCAUGCAGGCUGCUGGUCUCACUCUGGAUCACAUACGAGAGAUGCAAGGUGACGAGGAGGAACUGCAGAGAUUUGCUCGGUUACUGUUGUGGGAGUCCAGUUCAGAAGAGUUGGCUACCAAACUAGUCAGACCAACUAGGGUAAACUGCAAGAAUAACGAAGACCUGAAAUCACUGAGCUACUACUUACAGCAUGUCACUCCGCCACUUGAAGGUACACAUUUUUACUUGGAUGUAAGAAAGCAGGAGCUUACCCUUCUCAGGGGAAUUCUUCUGAGUGACAGCAUGGAGUCAGCUGGGCUGAUAUAUGUUGACUACCACUUGUCUGAGCAGGAGGAGGAGGGGCUUAGCCUCCUUGAGGAAACACUUGGUGUGGUGGAUGAACAGGACCGUGCUCAAUUAGGCAUUGUGGUUAAGACAAAGUCAUGGUUUGAUGUGGGGCGUGUAUCACACAGCUUUUUCCGCAUGCAGAAACAAAUAGGCAAACUUAGUGUGGAUAUAGACCAACGAUCACCGGAUGAGGUUGUCAAUCUAUUGAAGGCACUGGAAGGGUGCAGGUUGGAUUGGCUCACAAUGUAUGGCACCAACCUGCAUGCACGGGUGGGAGAUGUUAGCCACAUCUCGUCAUCCCUUACAGUCUUGCAGCUCGAUGCAUGCAGGUUGGUAGAUGAUGACGUGAAGGACCUGAUCAGCAUCCUUCCUGCUGGGCAUGGUUUAGAAUCGCUUAGCCUUAGUGACAAUGCAUUCAGUUUGGAUGUAGUGAGGGCUCUCACUCAUCAUCUCCGAGGUCUCCCUAAGUUACAUUUGUUGUGGCUUUGUAACAUCAGCCUCCCUCCUGAGCUCGUCAGGCAAGUUGUCAGUCAAGACCUCCCUCACCUGAAGGAAAUAGAAGAAGGAGAAUUCGAAGCCUAAAUAUUCUCCCACCAAGUCAUAACUCUCACCUUGGUCCCUAUGAAUGCACCACGCUCACGAGCUGCAUUAAAUUGAAACAAGUAGCACGUAUCAUGGGUCAUUUUAUGUGAAGUCAAUGCUCUGCAACCUUCUCCCCCCCCCCCCCAAAGAAUCACUUAAAAAACAACAACAACAACAACAAUCAAUAACAACAACAACUUUAUUUUCAGAGGACAAUAAGGGGCUCGAUAAUGAAUGAAAAAGUCAACAAAACAGUUUCAAUACAAAUAGAUGUUUUCGGAAUCCUCUUACAUUAUGAAUACAAAUAUACCAAGCAUAGUUCUUCAUUCUACUGAACCUCCAUCCCCCAAAAAUUCAAUCCAUCAGUUAAUCAAUCAAUCAGUGUGAAAAGUCAAUCAACAAUUCCUGUACAAAAUGAUUCAUUGAAAUCUUCAAACAUAAUAGCACUGUACUAAGCAUUCUGGGUGUCACUUGAAAGUGAUAUUAAAUUGACCUUGUAUCUUGGGUGACCUCUGAGUACUAUUAUAAAUCUACAAUCUAAUCGUCAAUUAAACAGGAGAAUCCACCUCUCCUUUCCAUUUCUUUUGAGAAAAUUAUCUUGUAUCGCAUCAUCUUAGGUAAAAGAUGUGUGAGAUGUCUUCAACUUUUGUGACAAAGGCCUCCUACCCUGUUUAUCCGAUCAAUGUAGUAAUAUGGCAUUCAAACAACUAAUUUGACCACACGCAAAUGGCUGCAUGACACCCUUCCAUAGACCAGUGCUGUGCAAAAUUUAGUAUAGAGAAUAAUACUCCAAACCUCGGGUACUUUUGAAUUGUUUUGCGUUUGCCUUAUGUACAAAUUCGGAAAAUUCUCACAACUUCAUUCCUUUCAAACAGACUUUUCUUUUGAGUGUUUGUGCUUCAUUCUUUAUCAAAUAGUUUGUGUAAAUUAAUGUAAAUUACGCGUACAAUGGCAAAAAUUAUGAUUCCAGUUUGCUUACUUCUGUAUAGAUCUUUAACCUUUACUUUUUAUGUAAUAUACCUUUAAAGUGGUCCAGUUGUGUAAGGACAGUAUAACAUGGAUUUUGUUUACUAUUCAACUACAUGUGUAGGCCUAUGUCCAUAUUGAGAAUUACUAAACCAGUGUUCAUACUGUCAAACAAUUCAUGUAUAAUAUAUACAUGUAGAAUGUUGCAUUGCCAAAUGAUGCAUUUUUGUCAGAGGACAGUCAUGUUUGCUCAUUCAGGACCAAUCGUUGCAAUUGUUGUAUACGCGCACAUGUUUCUGUGUUUCUGAUUAUGUUGGAAUAGGUACAAGUCGAACAAUUUGCUUGUUUUUAUCAUUGCAAGCCUCUUCAAAGUAUUGGUCGACACUAGAUUUGUUUAUUCCAAGUAUGAUCAAUAUUCUGUACAAAAACUGACAUUUUUGUUUCUAACAGUUUUGAUUUUUUGCAGUUGCCUAGGUGAUAGCAGUGGUUUAUAACAUGCCCAAAUGCAACCGUUCAUUUUGGUGAUAGUAGUUCUGCAGGAGAGAAAAGGUAUACUUUGAAUCAACGUUUUGAUAUAUCGAAAUGUAAACUAAUGUAAAUAAUGUCUAACUGUUGUUGCUGGCAUGACAUAUGAAAGAAUAUUUUGAUUAAAAUGAGAUUUACACAUUGUAACUUCAAAGCCGAACUGAUUGCAAUUUUAAAUUAAUUUACACAUUUAAAGGGAUGGAUGGGAUCAUUUGUAAUUAUCCCAAUAGUAACCUACCGAAUUGUAGUAAAAAAGCUCACUUGGAUUAAAGAUCGCACUGGUACUAAACACCCUGUGAAAUUAUUCCAUCUGGCUUGCUGUCAUUAAGCAGAAAUCAAGAAAUGUAGGUGAUUUCCAAUGAUCAGUCAAUUGACUGGUGUUCGGAUAUAAAGGAGUUCUAUGGACAAAAUCGCUUUUAUUGAUGAAAAGUUUGUGCAUGGAUAUUUCACUCUUUUCUUGAAAAGUGUAAUAUCCAAAGCCUCAACAUUUUGAGUAUUCUUCUGUGGAACAGUGAUGAUAUCACAAUGUAUUGGAAACAAACAAAACACAUGAAAUACAAAUGUUCCUAUAUGCCUUUAAGCCAUGGUUUACAAACUACAUGUGAUUUUUAUCUUGUGAUCAUUAAUGUGCAACUCUGUAAGAUAAGGUCAUCACUCGGGUACGAACUCCAAGUCAAGAUAAUCUGCUGACUUCUGGAAAGUUUGGUUUCUGUUUCACGUUUACUAAAAUGGAGCGAAAUAAAACCUUCAUCCUUUAUGUAGAACAUUGUCAUAGUUCCUGACGCUUCUCCAACCAGUGACUGUGCUCCCGUUACACAAACACUGGUUAUUGAAAUGUCCUCAGUUACUGUGCCUCUGUUUUUCCCAAACGUUAUUUCGUUAUUAUCAAAUAGACAUUGAAAGUUGACCUGGAUCUUUUCGUGCAACUUAAGUUACAUGUUGUAAUAAAAAUAAACCGCAAAGGAGAACUGUCUCGGUGCAUCAUAAUACAUGUAUAACUUGAAAGUUGAACAAAGACAUUGACUGGAGCUGGUUUGACCUGGUGACCUCUGGAUUCCUGUUCCGAUACGGUAAUCUGGAAUGGUAAUACUGCUACAGUCAAUUUCCUUGUUUAAUUUUCAAAUAAAAAUUAAAAAUCUGAUAUUUGCACCGUUUGGCGGAAGUAAGUUGAUUUGGCUUUGAUAUGGUUAACUGUGAAAGAAAUUUUUGUUGAAAUUUGUGUGUUAUUUGUAUUAUUUGUUAUUGGUGCAGAAACAUUUCUGAUCUCUUCUUUUCCUUUGUUCCAGAAAUUUGGGGGAAAGUUUAAGACGUCAGGGAUUAUAUUUGACAUUGUGUACUUUGUAUGAUUAUUAUCGUGUAAUAAAUCAUUCCAUGCAAUGACUUAAGUCAAUCAA